AUGUUAGAGAAGACAGUCUUCAAGCGUUUGUCAUAUGAUGAAGCUGCCAGAGAGACAAAUGUAUCUUCUCACAGUCUCGAUGCCGACGAUACGUCUGGCAACAAGAAGAAUGCAGUUGAGAAGCGUAAAGCCCGUUCCAAGAAUGCGUCUCCGGCGGCCAGGACCCGCCGGAGAGCUCAGAAUCGAGUGUCUCAAAGAAUAUACCGAGAACGCAAAGCGAAGCGCAUCCUAGAGCUAGAACAGUCGCUUAUCGAUGCGCGUGGUAAGUUAGAGACACUGAAACGGGCGUUUGACACGCUGGAUGCUGAAAACAGCCUGUUGAAAGCAGUGUGGUGGCAAAGUAACUACGUAGACAUGUCGUAUGCUAUUGUUGGCCAGCCGCGUGGAGAAACAAUGAUCUUCACUGCCCCUGAGGCUGCAGGCGGGGAAUCGACAGAUUCAAGUGCAGCCGGUUGGACUUUCGACGGCGGUGCGUCUACCUAG